AUGGCGAUCUGUACUUAUAACGCACGUACGCUUACAUCAGAAGCGGCCAUCGAAGAUCUGAUGAUGCAAGCCAAGAAGAUCAAGUACGACGUCAUCGGACUGACCGAGACGAGACGACGUCACCCUCUCAACGCCGUAUAUGGAACUGGAGAAGAACUGUUCUUAGGAACAUGCGACAGUAGAGGUGUUGGUGGAGUUGGCGUCCUCGUCAACACGAGUAUGGCAAAGAACAUCGACUCUUUCGAACAACUUACGACCCGAAUCGGACGCUUGCGGAUGAGAAGAUGCGGUCCAGCACCCGAGAAGAACGCCGGAGGAGCUUCACAUCGGGACCUACGGCCUACAAUGGAAUGA